AUGAGCGGAGCGCAACUUGGGUACCGAUUUACUUUCAUUGACGUGACGGAGGAUGGCAAGACGGACGGUGACGAUCACCGUGCACGGGCCCGCAGCCUUCCCCCAAUCCGGGCAUCCGUGGCAAACUCGGAGACUCUGGUCGUAGAUGCAUGGGCGCAUCUUCAUCUUCGCACUCUCCGACAAGGGCGGGAUGCAACAGUCUUCGAGCCGCCCGCGCCAAACCGUGGCAGUGUGGGACACCCAACACUGUGCAGUCGCCCAUGCAUCUACGUCGCAAAGCAGGGGCAGUGCCAGAAAGGUGUGGCCUGUGGGUUUUGUCAUCAUGAUCAUCACAGUGGCCCGAAUGACCCCAAACCCGACAAGCAGCAGCGCCGCUUGAUGAGCACGAUGCCUAGGGCAGAGCUGCUGGGCCUUCUCGCAGAGCUACUUCAGGAUCGUGCGGAGCAAGAUGGAUUCCAUGAUGUGGGUUUCGUGGUCGCGGCUCCUUGGUCGAUUAGAUGGCGCUUACCAUGGUUGGAUAUGGUAGGUGGGUUGCUCGAUGGUGCACAGCUUGCCUGCGGCGCAACCGAGGCUGUGGCUGUCCAGGCAGGACUCCGUCCAAGCCGCCCGCAGACGAAGUCUCGAAAGCUUGCCAACUUGCGCCAGGUGCCACAAACACUGGGCAGAGUGCGAGUAGUUCUGCUAGGCUUGCUUAAUGUUUCCGGGGACUGGGGAGGCCUUUUCAAAGCUGGCUUCAAGCGCCAGGUGAUCGGGCGCAUGAACUUCUCCGCCAUCCUCUCGAUAGCUCUGCGUCACUGUGAGGGCCACAGCAAGGCUUCGAUCCUGCAGGAGCUGAAGGCUCAGCGAAACAAUGUCUUUGAGGCCGGUGACUUUGACUCGGCUUUGGGUGCGUGGCGGCGUGUGCGCGCGGCACAGCAGCGGCCGGAGGAGAGUUGCAUGGGCAGGCCGCCUGGCCGCAGCCCUGCGCAAUCUCAGGAGCUCUGGCUUCGUCUUCGUCAAGUCUACCAGGAGCUGUGGCUCGAAGCGGGAGCGACUGCUGGCCGUGUGUCCAAGUCUUUGGAACGGAUUGAAGAACUGGCUGAAGCGCAUCUCCAGCGUGAGUGGGAGAGCUGGAACCGUGCCAAGAUGGCCGCCGAGGAGCGAUUGCAACGACGAGUGCUGCGGCGUGAGCUGCAAGAAAACCAACGGAUGGCCAAAGAGGACCGUGAAGCAUCUGCUUUCUGCCGCCGCAUGCAGAAGGGCGCCACGCAGGAGGCCGCGGCCCUCCGCAGGCUGGAGAAGCUCCUGGCAAAGUGGAGUCCAACAGCAAGGGCCUGGACACGAUCGUGUGGAGGACGGCGGCUCUCCGCCUCGAGCCUGAAAGCACUAUCCAAGGAGGUUGGACGAGCGCCGGACGAGAGCACAAAGGCUGCAGUGGGGGUUUAUUCGCAAGCAAACGGGAGAUUCAAUUUGGCCUCAGGCUCCGAAGAGGCAGCGGCCUUGCUGAACCUGGUCUCGGCGCCGGCUUUCUGGCACGUCCGGGCAGAAAUGCUGUCAGGGAAAGAGGUGCUCUACCUUCUCGCCCUCCCAUGGCACGUGCCCGCGAGAAGGUCAGUGGCGAUUUGCCUCACAGGCCACCUGCGCAGCGGGGCCGGACAGCCCGAGAAUGUCGUCCGACCGCUGCAGCAAGCGGUCCUGGGCCCACUUGCUGGGGCAGGCUACGACAUCGACAUCUUUGCUGUCACAGACGCCGGCGAGGAGUGCUCCCGCACUGAACGAACGCUGGCGGAGUUGGACCUCGCCGCGCUGCGCUGCGUGGACUUGGAGGAGCACGACGAGAAGAAGAGGACUGCCGAGAACGACUGGCUAGAGUUCGGACCAAGGACCGACUGGCCGCGUGGGUCGUUCCUGGGGCAGAUGAAGAAGGUUCAGAUCUGUGAUGAGCUCUUUGCCGCGACGGGCAAAGACUACAGCUUGGUCAGCCGCUCGCGAAUGGAUGUCUUCUGGCACCGUUUUCCUGCAGAUCCGAUGCAGCUGGAGCUUCCUGGAGUGAUUUGGCUGCCGUGGCGCAGCGGCGAAGUCCAUGCCCAAUAUAUCGUGGACACCUUUGCCAUCGGUUCAUACUCGGCUAUGAAACCUUACCUGCGUGUCUACGAUGAGAUGCUAGAUCCAGGCAACUGGCCUUUACACCGAAGCUUUGAGAACUCUUCGGAUGGAUUGGACACGGAGGAGCUUUGGGAGGUAGCUCUCUUGAAGGGGGGCAUUCUGGCCAGACAGCAUCUGGACAUCUGCUUCAACUUGCUUGCGCGGAAGUCCACUGAUCCCCUUCUGGAGCGCGAGGACAACUGCAGGCGUACCGCGCCCUCGCAUCCGAAUGGAUACCUGCUAGACACAAAGUGGUCGGCUUUCCCUUACCUCACCCUUUCCGGCUUCUUCAAGUUCGAUCCACUCCUGAGCGCGCGGCUCGUUCAUCUCUGGUUUGCAGAGUUUGUUCGAGUUGGCCGCCCUAUGAAAGUGAUGGACUUGGGCUGCGGCCGGGGAUUGAUGAUAGAACGGUGGCUCCAGUACCACCCAACUAGCAUCGUUGGGGUCGACAAGAUGCCAGGACUUCGGCCGGUUCUGGGCAAUGACAUCUUGGAGCUUGACCUGACUCAGCCCAUGAAUCCCAGGAGCUUCUCCUCGACCCGCGCCUGCACCUUCCGGCGUGACAGGGAUCUGGCCCGGCUGGUCGAGGUGGCGCAGGCGGAAGGCUUGGGAAUGCACGAAGUUUUCCUGAGGGUGCUGAACUGCUGCUUCCAGACGCAGUGCGCUGGCUUGUGUAUCAGUCUGGGGCUCGCACCAGUGAGCUUCGAGCAGGCAUUGGAGGUUCGAGCUGACGACGUACUCUACUUGGCGCGUCGGAAUUCCAGUGACCAGCGUCGCCUGGCCUGGGGCGGCCGUGCAGACUGGGCUGUUCUGCUGGAUGUGGCGAGUCACAUUCCUGCACAAGGUCAUCAGCAACUUGCUGCAAACCUGGAUGCAGUCGCGUCCGAAGGUGUGGUGAUUUCUGAGCCCGAGCACAUUGCCAGGGAGCUCGAUGUAUUGCUUGCCUCCAGAGGUUUUUUUCGCGACAGGCAUGUUGAAGAUCUACUGCUCCCCUGGGCAGCUCUCCGCGGGGUCCACGAAGUCUUCUCCGUCAGGGUCUUUCGACGCGCAAAGAUGCACAGCCGAAGGCAAACUGGCUUCCUCUUCGCAAAGCCCAUGGACUGCUCUGUAGCCUUGAGGUUUGCUGCACAAGCCUCUCGCUGCCGCCUGGGGCUGACUUUCGGGUGCUCAAACUCUGAGUAUAUCUGGGUGGCCGAUGGUUGCAGCGGCUGGUUCGCGAGAGGGGGCCACCAAGCAGGCUGCCUCAGCAAUGUGGAGAACAGAACCGGCAGCAACUGGUCGUACGGCGCCGUAAAAGCUUGGCAGUUCGUCGAGUGCUAUCUGCCUGAAGGUCCGGCACCGCCGGCACCUGCGGCCGCGGCGCUGUCGGCAGAGGCGGAGGGCGUUAGCAUCGAGCUCAUGGAGACCCAGGCCUUGGAACUCUGCGAGUUCGACGAGGACUUCACCAACCAUCACCAGGUUAAGGUUCCACUGCAGCGACUGGGACCAGGCCACUGGGAAAGCGAGGACAUCUUCAUAGGCCAGUAUCCGAUGCUGCAAGUGCGGCUUCCCUUCGAUGCGGUAGUGGAUGUCUCUGACAUGCAGAAACCUGCUUGGCGGGCCAGAGGAUGGCAUGGCCCUGUGUGGCAACAAGGAGGACGAUGCAUUGCGUGGAAUCUGCUGCCUUUCCUUUACUACAUCAUCAGAUUUGAGAUCUGGGACGCGUCCAGCGAGGAGGGUCUGGCAAGACUGAGAUCCGGCAACAGCAACCGGACGGUGCGAGCUUCGGGGGCCGUGGCCCCGACUCAGACCGAUGACUUCGCGUUGGCCUGGGAGGUCACCGAUGGCUUGGUUCGUGCCAUCGACGUGAGGAAGGGGGGCAUUUUAGAGGUCUACGAUCACCUCGAUCCUGCUUCGCAGUGGGGAGCGGGCCAUGGUGGCAUCUGGCGCUCGGCAGGAUCAGCAUCCAAACUCUUCCGCGGCCGCGCAGAUGCAGAGCUAAAGCUCGUGGAUGACUUUGUGUACCUCCUCCUGGUCGUCCGCAUGUCCACCGCGUAUCUUCUCGGUGAACAUGUGCCCCAGAGCAUGGUGGACGCGGCGCGGGUGUGCAUGACGCGCUAUCAACAGGGGCCAACGAAGCCCUGGGGCGUCCUGGCCGUCAAGUUGCUGACGCGCGUCAUGCUCGGUGACGAAGACGCGGCCGACAGAAGCGACGAAGAGGAAGAAGGUGAAGAUGCCUUGGUGACCGUGACACAUGCCUCCCACCAGUUCAAGCUGCAGUUCAGCAACACUCCCCUGGGCCGCUAUCUGCACCACGCAGCCUCCUUUGCGAGUUCCGACUGA